CUGAUUCCUUCUUAAAUUGUUAAAGAACAUGGCCUUUGUAGAAAUGCUGAUCCUUUGUCCAGUAUGGUGCUUAUGUAUUCACCCAUUUCUGCACCUUUUUUUAUAUUCAUGUUUUUCUAUUACCUUAGAUUUAGUUUUCUUAUAACAGGUAAUUUCGCUGCACAAAAUAGUGGGUUAAGAGUUCUGAAAGGGCAGCCAUUGCUAUUGCAGCCAGACAUACUUGUCAUAUUCUAAACAAGAUGCUAAUACUUGAUGUGCUUUAUUGCAUGUGACUGACACUUCGGGUUCAUGCCUACUCUGAUUCAUACUUUGAACAUAUCAUGGUUUUUGCUCCCAUUCUCAUACUUAUUUCCCAUUCUGGGUAUUGAGUCGGAAUACCAGUCUUGUAACAACCUAGGUAUUAAAUAAUGGUUUUGAUUCUUUUGAACAUCUCUCCCCAGGUGAAAUUCCAUUUUUGGCUUGGUUUGAUGUUUGUACUGUGGAAAAAAGUUUAAUAUGCAUAUUGUACUGGUUCUGAUUCCGGAUCAGAGUUCUAGAAAAAACUAGGUUGAUUGCUUGUUGGAAGUACCACGUUAUGGGGUUUUAAAUACCGUGGUAUGGUGGUGCAUCACUCAUAUACUGGCACAGUUUGUGCUGCACUAUGCCCCUGCACUGGCCCACCGUUUGUCAAUUUGGGGCAGUAUGUACCAUGAUGCGAUCGCUCUUCAAACUACGCUUUUUGGUGCCUUUCGAACAUAUUUAAAUUCUCUCAUGGUUGAUUCCCAGACCUGCUUGUUGAUGCCUGUAGCUUAAGGUGUUUGUUAGUUGGAGAGAAGCCAUUAUGAAGUCCCCUUUUGACCAGUUCUUGUUGCAGUUCUUUUUUUAUUUAAUAAUCUAUCUGUCUGUUGUCUAAAAUUUUGAAAAAUCUUGGAGCCUCGAUGCAGCGUGGUGGUAGAUCUCCGUACAGGGGUGGUGGUAGAAGGGGUGGUGGGUCUUUAAGAGGAGGGGGUGGUGGCAGAGGUGAUUUUGGCCACCACCCUUCAAGGCAAGAUGCUGGAGCAGCUGCUUCUUUUCGUGGUAGAGGACGAGGACGGGGUCAGCUGGGUAGGACUGGCAGCAGGAGGUUCCACCAGUUUGCUCCUGACUCACAACAACCUAGUGCUGCACCUGCACCAGGCAUCGAACCAACAUCAGUACCAGACAUAAAGCAGGCACCAUCACAGGCAUCAGCACCGGCUGCAGCGCCAGCACGCAUGCUACCAAAGCAUCCUCUCCUCCCUAUUGCAUGGUGCGAUAUUUGUAGGGUGGACUGCAACAGCUUGGAAAUUCUGGAGCAACACAAGAAUGGCAAGCGACAUAAGAAAACUGUGCAGAGAAUUCAAGAGAUACAAGCGCAGCAGAAACUCAUGGCUGAAUUACAAGCAAAUGUUGUUGUGAAGCCUGAGAUAGCCCUCCAAAAGGCUGAAGAAAACAAGGCUGCCCAAGUGGUUGAACCGAACAAAGCCUCUGAUCGAGUGGGUGAAGUGAAAAAAGCUUCUACUGCAUCAAAUAACAUUCCAUCCGCUGUCUUGUCUAAUCAGGCUGGUGAAAUGAACAAAGCCUUUGCUGUAUCAGAAAGCAUGACAACUGCAGACUUUUCUGACCAUGUUAUCGAAGCAAAUAAAGCCUCUGCUUCAUCGGAAAACUUGCCAGUUGCAACUAUGACAAUGGAGCAUAAAUUAGAAUUUGAGAUGCAAAGCCAAAAUGUUGACGGACAGUCCGAGCCUGCAAUGGAAGCAGAAGCAGGAAGUUUGGCAGCACUUUCUUAUGCGUCACAUUCUGAAGCACUGCACAUGGAGGGGCCCGCAAGGAGGCCACGGAUGGGUGGCCAUGAUAGGUAUGACAGGAGGCGUGGUCCAAAGCGAAAGAUGAUGAGGUUUGCUCGAGGUGGGAAGCAGUUGAGGAGCUUUGAACCUGUGCGCAGAAAACCUCCUGAGCAUCUCAAGGAGCGGCCCAGGGUGUGUACUAUGUGCAAUGUAAUGUGCGACACUUUAGCUGUUUUUGAGUCCCACUUGUCGGGGAAAAAACAUCUUUCCCGGAUCAAGCGGUUCCAAGGUCAAGAUACUGUUUAUGGGCCCAUCAGUGUCUAUAUUCCUCCAAAUCAACCAACGGCCUAUCCUCCUCAAGCUCCAGAACCGUUGUUUUAUGGCCUUGGGAGUCAUGAGAUGCUCCAGCAGGAGGCUCAUGAGCUUCAAGGUCCCCCGGUGGAAGGUUGUGGUCCUCAACAGGGUAACCAUGCUAACCAAGCUUUAGAAGCUGAACGUUCAGGUCUGGUGUCUCAGGCUGAGGAAAGUUUGGAACAUCCGGCCCAUGAAAUCCCGGCAGGUGAGGCUCAGGAAGCUGUAAUCAUGAAUGCUGAAGGGCAAACUGCCAUUUCUGAGUUUAAAGAAAAGCAACCUAGUCAGUCACUUAUGGUUUCGGCAGCUGCUACUAUGGAAGAGGGUGCUGUUUUCCCAACCACAGAAGAUGUAGGUCCUCUUCCGGCAUAUGGAGCGACCCCUGGUGAUAGUGCUGUUCUGCCUGGACUUGAUAUCAGACUUCAGGAGUCGAAUGCUGAAAAUGGAGAACCUGGCAAUAGGGUGGAUACAACUUCCAAGUGAACUGCUAAGGAUGUUUGGGUCCAUCAAAUUUGUCCAUCUGGUCAAUCUUUUGUGCUUUAUUAGGUUUCUAUGGGUAAUUAUUGGCUGAUAUUAGGAAGCUUUAUCAAAUCAAUUAUGGGAUUGUAUAAUUGGUUAAUGAGUCCUGUUCAGGGUAUGUAUGGACCUGAUGAUUUUGGAGAAUUUUAUCAAACUGUAUGAGCAGAAACUUAUUUCUCGGUUGGUUAUCUUACGGAGAAUCAUAACCUUGCUGAAAAA